CGGGUUAGAUUAUUGACAGCCACAAACACACACAAGCUUGAAGGGGAGUGUCUGUCCGUUUCUCUCGUUGUCCGAACCGGUUGUCGCUGUUUAAUAAACAGAACGAGCUGCACUUUGACACAUGACAUUUGAAAUCCGGGUGUUAAAACCAUAAGGCUGGAUGAGCAGGCCUAUCUUCACCUCCACCUCUGCAGAGGUGGCUGAGAUGAACCGUAUCCAUUAUGAACUGGAGUACACAGAGGGCAUCAGUCAGCAGAUGCGAAUCCCUGAGACCCUCAAGGUGGCCCCAGAGAACCAGACAGGCUCCCUGCCACUUCAGCAGCCCCUGCUCCCUCACACGAGAAAAUGUGAUGAUGGGGACCCUCGAUUUGUUUGUCCAAGAGACUUGGACCUGAUUCAGUCCAUCCCUCCUGUGGACCUCCUGAGCAUGAAGGCCCCGCCGCGUGUCCUCACCCUUACAGAGCAGCCACUGGACUCCCUUGAGACUGAUCAGACUGCCUCUUCACAGAGCAACCCCAGCCAGGUGGCCCAUUUUCAUUCUCGGUCUCGAAGGGAGCGCAGUGCUAGUGACAACAUAUCUGGCCGUCACAGCAGUCAGACCAGCAGAGGGGACAUAUGUGUAAUCCCUUCCCCUUCUGCUCCUCCAGUCCGUUUGUGUCCACCGCUCUAUUCCCCCGAGGAUGCAAACACACACCUGUUCACAGUUGCAGGGUUCCUGUCUUACGUCCAGUCAACAACACGCAGAGCGUACCAGCAGGUCCUCGAAUUCCUGGAUGACAGCCACCGCAGGACACACAUGGACUUGGCCCUGGAUAUAAACCCUGAUGAGUCUGGCCUAAUGGACGCCUCCUCACUACGACGACAGAUUGUGAAGUUAAACCGGCGUCUGCACCUGCUGGAGGAAGAAAACAAGGAACGCUCCAAGCGGGAGGUGGUCCUGUACUCUGCUACAGUGGCAUUCUGGCUUUUUAACACCUGGAUCUGGUUCCGUCGCUAAUAUAGGAAAAGACUGAGUCUGCCAGUGCACUGAAAGCCAAAGCAACAAUGCGGCUAUUAAAAUAUGGGUCUUUACAAACUUCUUAAGGCAACCAUGGCAAACUACAGCAACUUUGGUAGUGUUCUCAUCCACAACCUUCCAUGUGUUUAUAGAAAAUUCUACACUGAGAUUUCACUUGGAAAAUGCAAGCUUAGCACUUUUUGAACUAUGAUCUGAGGCACCAGAACAAUAAUAUUUACUAUUUCGACUUAGUUUUAAAACACUGGCAAAGUUUUGUCUCUGUAUCUUACUCCUCUGUGAACUGGCAAAUAACUAGCAAGACAAAGCACAACAAUAUCUGAAUGUUUCCAAAAUGUUAGCAGCUGAUGUUCGCUAUGUUACAGCCACAACAAAUACUGGACACUUGACUGGGCCCAGACUAGCUGAUUCAGAGCUGUUGUCCAACUCUAAAUCACUUCAGAGUCUGAGGUUUUCUCUACUAUUAAAAUACUACUCUGAUAUUCACUUGGGUUUAGACUAAAUUAAAUGUGAUAAAGAUCAUAUGGACUUUAGUUUGUAGUGGCAAAGUAGUGCUUGGCAUGAAACAACAAAUACUACAACCCUCACUGCUGUAUUGUGGUUUUUUUUGUGCAAAGCGGACAAUGUUGCUAAUUGCACCUUUAAGAUUGCACAGCAAAUACACAAUGCAUACCAUCAUUGACCUUUGUGAGAAUAAACAAAAUGUGACUUUUUAGCCUCAGGAGAAGAAUGGUUAGGGGGGUAUAAAGAUUUAUUUAAGGAACAAAUGUUGUGGGAACUACAGUUAAAGGACCAAGCAUUAGACCUGAACUCUCUGCUUUGUUUGAAGAUGAAGUUCAUCUAUUUCAUUAGAAACUACACUGUUAAAGUGUCAGAUGACUAAAUCUAGACAGGCCAUAGCAUUUACCCUGAGUGUACCUUGAGUUUCUCAUUACCCAAAACAUUUGUGUACAGUACUUGUAUAGCCUUUAAUCUUAUUUUUUACCUUGUUGGCAGCCACAUGCCCAGUGAUUGUGAUAUGGCAACAAAGAUGCUAAGAUGUUGUGCAUAUUAUCUAAGAAUUCAUGUAUUCCCAUCAACACUGUUUACACAGUUUGGGCAUGUGUUUCCAGAAAAUUUAACCACUUUUACUUUUCCACUAUAAAUUACCACCAAGAAUAAAAGCAAGGAUUAUGUGGUUGUCUUCAUCAUGCAGUGAUAUAAAUCUUAAUGCUACUGUGUGUAUGAUCAUGUGUAAUAGAUGGCUAUAUAUGAAUUUUUGUUGCCAUUAUUUUUGAAUAACAAUGUAUUUCAUGGAGGUUUAUUUAUCCUGUGUAAU